AUGGCUGAAGUCAUCGGGCUGACCCCAGUCACAUCGCAAUUCUCGCAGCAAGCGACAGAAACCGCCCGCGGCAGCUCGGCACUCGCGGAGCAGCAGCAGCUGGGGGAUGAGCCGGAAAGCGCAAGUGCUCUGCCACCGGUAGACACCGGGCGGAGAGCGUGGUUGUUUCUGGCCGGAGCGACGGUCAUAGAGAUCAUCGUAUGGGGGCUGCCUUUCGCUGUCGGUAUCUUGCAUGUAUACUGGACCAACACAUUGUUCCCUGGCUAUGGCGCCUCGACCAUCACCCUCGCUGCUACCCUCCAGACCGGUCUCCUAUAUAUGAGUACGGCAUUCUUCGGACCGAUCAUGGCAGCAUUCCCGAGAUAUCAAAGACACUUUCAGAUACUUGGGUUAUCAGGGGCGUGCAUCAGUCUGAUAUCCAGUGGCUUUGUCACCAAACCGUUCCAUCUGGUCAUCACCUGGGGCUGCAUCUUCCCCCUAGCAGGCUCCCUCUACAUGCCCUGCGCAACGCUUCUCUUCGAAUGGUUUUUCGAACGCCGUGGUCUUGCCAGCGGCAUCAUGUACGCCGGCACCGGUAUCGGCGGUACGGUCUUUCCCUACAUCAUCAACAGCCUUCUUUCCUCUGUGGGAUACAAGGCGACUAUGGUAUCCAUUGGCGUUGCGUACGCCAUCAUCGGUGGGAUCGCAUUGAUCCCCACGACAAGGCGAGUACCACUCUCAAGAUACGGCUCCGGAGAACCGGGUCCAAGAAGACAGGGGUUGAGCCUCGGCUUUAUGAAAUCCUUCACCUUCUUCAUGGGUAUAUUUACCAUCCUCUUUACGAGCUUGGGCAACUUUGUCCCCAGUCUAUGGCUUCCUUCCUACGCAGACGACCUCAACCUCACCUCCCCCUCUGGCACAGCCUUAAUCUCCAUCCUCAACGCCGCCUCCGUGCCCGGCAACUUCCUGCUCGGCUUCAUGUCCGACCACAUUCCCCUCCAAAUCGUGAUUUCUAUCUCGUGCAUCGGUACCGCCCUUUCUUGCGCUUUCCUCUGGGGCUGGGGAACAGGGGGUGGGACGUUGGUUGGGUUUUGUAUAGUGUUUGGACUGCUGGGACAGAGUUUUACGGCGUUGUGGACGCAGAUGAUUGUUUAUAUAUCCAAAGACGAUCCGCUGGCUUCACCUCUAGUCUUCUGCACUUUCGCCUUCAUGCGCGGUGUAGGGAACAUCACCUCCGGGCCCAUCUCCGGAGCACUCCUCAACAUCAGCGCCCUCCGAGGCGCUACAGGGGCGUACGGCUUCAGAAACUACGGGAUCUUGUUGAUCUAUACGGCGGUGACAAUCUUGUUGGGCGCCGUGACUGGUCUGCUCUUCAAAGCGCGAUAG